AUGGCUUCUGCAACCAAGAUUCUUUUCUUUGGACUCUUUACAGGGCUUUUGUACGCCGCCAGAAUGUCACUCGUUUCUAUUCUUAAGUCUUUAUACAUCCGUCUCUGGAAGGGUGUGAAUCAUUUCAUUGACUGGCACAAGCUUCCUACCUGGUUCGCUGUCUUCAAUCUUCUUGCUCUUCGGUAUGAACUUCGUGAAGAGAACUUACACGACACAUCUCCAGAUGCGGACUUUCAGGGUACCGAGGCUAAGUGUCCGAUGAAAGACUCCAAGUUCGUAUCCUCUAGGGACUCAGAUGGUCUUUACAAUGAUCUCAAGCAGCCCAAGAUGGGAUGUGCUGGAAUGAGAUUCGGUCGCAAUGUUCCAAGGAAAUUCACCACGCCGCCUACUAAGCAGGAAUUGCUCACACCCAGCCCAAGAGUCAUCUCGGAGAAGAUUCUCGCCAGACCCGAAGGCCAGUUCAAACCAGCCGAGAUUGUAAAUCUUCUUGCCGCGGCAUGGAUCCAGUUCCAAGUACAUGACUGGGCACAGCAUUUCCUGGUUACAAACGGCGACAAGGAAAUUGAUAUCCCCCUCCACAGCAAAGACAAGUGGACUGAACAGACAAUGAAGAUUCCCCGUACCAAAAAGGCACAAACCUUGUCCAAGCAGGAUGCAGAGACGCCUGCUUACGACAACGAAAACACUCACUGGUGGGAUGCUUCUCAGAUCUAUGGAUCAAGCGAGGCGGAGACUCAAGCUCUACGCGCCAAAUGCCACAAGUCAAAGCCUGGUCAAUUGGAAGUCAGUGUCGCUGAUGGUGAACAAUUCCUUCCUCGGUCGGAAGAUGGUAUUCCUAAGACUGGGUUUAGACAGAACUGGUGGCUGGGUCUUGAACUUCUGCACACUCUUUUUGCUCUUGAGCACAAUGCUAUCGCUACUCAACUUCAUCUGUCAAACCCCAGCUGGUCAAGUGAUCAUAUUUUCGACACAGCUAGGUUGAUCAAUUGUGCUCUGAUGGCUAAGAUUCAUACUGUUGAGUGGACACCUGGUAUUUUGCAGCAUCCGGCCUUGCAGAUCGGAAUGAACGCGAAUUGGUGGGGACUUUUGGGUGACAAGCUCUGGCACGCUUUUGGUCGCGUGUUCGACAACAAAUCUGAAGUCAUCUCCGGUAUUCCAGGCUCGGGCGUGAAUCACGACAAAGCACCAUACUGUCUCACGGAAGAGUUUGUCUCGGUUUAUCGUCUCCAUUCACUCAUUCCCGACAACGUCGCUUUCUUCAAUGUCAAAGACGGCCAACAUGAAGGAACCCUCCCCAUCCUAGAUGUCGCAUUUGAGUCAGCUCGCAAGCCCUUUGAUGAAGGCAAAUCAGGUCUGGGACUUUCCUUUGCCGAUGUCUUUUACUCAUUCGGCGUCAACUACCCCGGUGCAAUCCGAGCUCACAACAUGCCUAAUUUCCUACGAGACUUGAAGGUUCCUGCUGACAAAGACUUCCCUGAGGGAAGACAUUUGGACUUGGGAACUAUUGACAUUCUUCGUGAUCGUGAGCGUGGCGUCCCUCGUUACAAUGCGUUCCGUCGUCUGUUUCACAUGCCCCCUGCAAAGAGCUUUAUCGACCUAACUGGCGGUGACGCCAAGUUGGCAGGGGAGUUGGAAGAAGUCUAUGAAGGUGAUCUCGAGGCAGUUGAUCUUCUUGUCGGUACCCUCUGUGAGCCUCUGCCCAAGGGUUUCGGUUUCAGUGACACUGCCUUCCGCGUUUUUAUCCUCAUGGCCACCCGCCGCAUCAAGUCUGAUCGAUUCAUUGCUGGAGAUGGAUGGUGUCCUGAAGUAUACACUCGCGAAGGUAUGGACUGGGUACAGAAGAAUACCAUGAAGGAUGUUUUGGUCAGGCACUUCCCUGAACUUGCUGCACCAUUAAAUAAUGUGAAGAAUGCUUUCGCACCAUGGACCAAGCUUGGCCAUACGGCGGCAUACACAGGACCUGAGACGAACAAGGCCGAGGCUUGA